AUGGACCCAGGAACGCAUAGUGCUCCUUCAACUUACGAACAUUCUGGUCAAGCAUGGAAGCUUGCCAAGCCGGAUCGUCACUUCCAUCCGUCAGUGGAGGUUAGUACCGUUGACAAAAGGAGAGCAACUGCAGGAGAGGGCGACGAAGGAACGGAAGAGAGAAGCCCAGUAUCUGAAAACGCAAAACGGCGAUCUUCCUCUCCUCCCCAACAAAUUUUGAACAAUCCAGCCCUUUUACAAAUGAUCUGGGCAAUGCAUUGCAGUCGCCGUGCUAUGACUCUCGAAAAGUUACAGGAACGUUGUGCUCCAGCCGCUCAGACCGGUAACACAGUGACGCCUACAGCACCCCAAUCAGACAAAUAUGAUACCCUGUCGUACAACCACGUGCAACAGUCGAAGAUGCCAAGUCCUACGUACAAUGAGGAAAACACAACUGAUCCGCCCCACUAUCCUGGAAAGCUCAGUACUCCCAGUGCUUCCCAAGAGUCGUUUGACAGCGGGUGGUUAGACAAUAUUAAUCCUGUACUUGGGCCAGAUGGCAAAUUGACGGUUCAUGAUCCAGGAUCCGGCUCUCCAUGA